CUAAUUUUAAUAGAAAUAGAGAAGAUUUUUAAAUGUUCUAUCCUGUAGCAGAUGAGAAAUGUAGGAAUAUAAUUAAACGAAAUUUAUUGGGAAAUAGCUCAGAAGGGCAAGUGUAUUUGGGUGAAAUUAUAGGAACAAAGGAAAAAGUAGCAGUUAAGGAAUUUUAAUUAAAACUGAGUGAAGAAUAAACUAAAUGUUUGUUUUAAUUAUAAAAAACCCCUCAUGAGUCCAUUGUUAGGAUAUAUGAAAUAAUUCUUAAACCUAAAACAAUUUAAAAUAUAAUAUUUGAUGAAUUUGAAUUAAUACCAUAUCUAGAGCCAUUUAUAGUUAUGGAAUUGGUACAGUGCAAUUUUAAAAAAUAUAUGGAAGGGCAAGAAUUUUAAAAAUUGGAAAUUUAUCAUAAACUGAACUUAUUCAAAUAGGUAAGAAUAUUAUAUAAUCAAUCAGAUGUUUUAAGGAAUGAUAUAAUUACAUAGUCAAAAUUAUGUUCAUCAGGACUUAAAAUCGGAAAAUUUUGUGUGUUGUUAUAAUGAAAAUAAAAACAUUGUUAUCAAAUUACAAGAUUUCGGUUUUGUAUAAAUGGCUUCCGGAGUCAAAUAAUAGAUGAUUAAUAAAUUUGACUAAUCAUCUGAUAUCUGGUCCAUGGGAGCUAUUUUAUUUGAAAUUCUAGCAGGAUAUACUUUAGUUAACCAAGAAACGAUUAAAGAUAUUGACUAAUUAAAAACAGAAUAACAGUUAUAGUUUUGGGUGGAUUCAAAAAUCAACGAAGCAUAUUAAUUAUCUGAAAAAUAGAUAGAAUUAAUAAAAAAGAUGUUAAAAGUUAAUAAGGCAGAAAGAAUAUAAGAAUAAGAUGUUAUAAAUGAAAUCAAUCUUAUUUAAGAUAUAAUUUUAGAAAAAAUCAAAAAUUAAGGUAUUUAAUAAACAAAUAAAAUAAAGGAUAUCAUUUUUUAAGUGAAAAAAAAUAUGAGGAGGCAUUAGAAUAGUAUAACAAAGUAUAAUAGAUAAUCGAAAAUGAUUACAAGACAUAUUUGUUUAAAGGUAUACUAAUUAUUUAAAUUUAUAGGAAUUUCUUUAGAUAAAUUAGCCAGACACGAAGAAGCUUUAGAAUGUUAUAAUAAAUCAUUAAAAAUAAACCCUAAUGAUUCUUAAACAUAUUAGAAUAAAGGUAUAAAAACAAUUUGAUAGUUAUAAGGGGAUUCUCUAUAUUAAUUAAAAAGAUAUGAAGAAGCUUUAGAGUGUUAUAAUCAGUCAUUAUAGAUAAACAAUAUUGAUUUCAUAACAUAUAGACAUAAAGGUAAAAUUAAUGGUUUAAUAAUUAAAAGGGGUUACUUUAAAUUGUUUAAACAGAUAUGAGGAAGCUUUAGACUGUUAUAAUAAAUCAUUAGAGAUCAAUCCUAAUGAUUGUUUAACAUUAAGACAUAAAGGUAAAAUUAAUGGUUUAAUAAUUAAAAGGGGUUACUUUAAAUUGUUUAAACAGAUAUGAGGAAGCUUUAGACUGUUAUAAUAAAUCAUUAGAGAUCAAUCCUAAUGAUUGUGAAACAUUAAGACAUAAAGGUAAAAUUAAUGGUUUAAUAAUUAAAAGGGGUUACUUUAAAUUGUUUAAACAGAUAUAAGGAAGCUUUAGAGUGUUAUAAUAAAUCAUUAGAGAUCAAUCCUAAUGAUUGUUUAACAUUAAGACAUAAAGGUAAAAUUAAUGGUUUAAUAAUUAAAAGGGGUUACUUUAAAUUGUUUAAACAGAUAUGAGGAAGCUUUAGACUGUUAUAAUAAAUCAUUAAAGAUAAACUCUAAUCAUUCUUAAACAUUUAGAGAAAAAGGUAAAACUAAUUGUUAAUAAUUACAAGGGGUUACUUUAAAUUGUUUAAACAGAUAUGAGGAAGCUUUAGAGUGUUAUAAUAAAUCAUUAGAGAUCAAUCCUAAUGAUUGUUUAACAUUAAGACAUAAAGGUAAAAUUAAUGGUUUAAUAAUUAAAAGGGGUUACUUUAAAUUUUUUCAAAAGAUAUGAAUAAGCUUUAGAAUGUUAUAAUAAAUCAUUAGAGUUAAACUCUAAUGAUUCUUAAACAUUUAGAGAAAAAGGUAAAACUAAUAGUUAAUAAUUACAAGGGGUUACUUUACAUUAUUUAAAUAGAUAUGUGGAAGCUUUAGAGUGUUAUAAUAAAUCAUUAGAAAUCAACCCUAAUGAUUUUAAUACAUAUACAAAUAAAGGUUUAACUAAAAUUUGAUAAUAAGUAGGGGUUACUUUAAGUUUAUUAAACAGAGAUUUUGAAGCUUUAGAGUGUUAUAAUAUAUCUUUAGAGAUUAACAAUAAUGAUUUUAUAACAUAUAGAAAUAAAGGUAUACCUCAUAUUUGGAAUAAUUAGGCGCAUCUUUAUCAUCCUUAUCACUUUAAUUUUAAUAGAUUUAUAGUUAUAACUGAUGUCUGA